AGUGCGAUAUGAACCUUUUUAGUUCUUGAAUAAUUACCAGCCAAAUAAAAACAAUGCUCACAAACGGCUCCGUCGUUUAUGUUGUUUGCUUCGUAGAUUCUGUGGUUGCAUAUUGAAAUGAAUUCUGUUACUGAUAAUUUAUUGAGAUUUUCUCAGGAAGGACAGACUGUGAAGCUAAAGGAAUAUAUCUCCAACUUAGGUCCACAGAUAAUAUGGUCUGAGUGUGUUCAAUUAAAAUCUAAAGAUUCUUGUCUUCAUCUCGCUGCAAGGGAGGGUCACGUAGAAACGCUAAAGCUCUUGCUUUCAACUGGAUGCAGGAUGUAUCUGGAGGUGGGCAACAAGGAUGGCAAACGUCCAGUGCAUGAGGCUGCCCACUUUUCACACCUAGACUGUCUGCGAGCGCUGAUUGACGCAGGCUGCGACGUGAACGCGCUGAAGCGGGCCGACUGGACGCCACUGAUGCUGGCCGCCACCCGGGCCGACACGGGGUGCGUGACGGCGCUGCUGGCCGCCGGCGCGCUGCCGCUGCUGGCCAACAAGGACGGCUGGACGGCGGCGCAGGUGGCCGCGCGCGCCGGCCACCUGCCCGUGCUGGAGCUGCUGCUGCGCGCCGAGCCGCGGCUGAUGGAGACGCGCAGCCGCACCGGGCGCACACUGCUGCACACUGCUGCGUUCGCCGGCCACGAGGCGGUGGUGUCCCGGCUGCUGGCGGACCCGGCUCAGUCCGCGGACCCGGCCGACUCCAGUGGCGUCACGCCGCUGAUGGAUGCAGCCCGCGCCGGUCACCCGGCGCUGGUGAGCCGUCUGCUGGCCGCCGGCGCCGACCCGGCGCGCCGCGACCGGCUGGGCCGCUCCCCGCUGCACGCCGCCGCCCAGACCGGCUGUGUGCGCACGGCGCGCCUGUUCGCGCAGCUGGUGACGGCGCCGGCCGCUGACGGCAGCACCCCGCUGCACGCGGCCGCCCGGGAGGGACACAUGGCCGUCUGUGAGCUGCUGCUGGAGAGGGGCGCGAGGCGGGCGGCGCGGGACUCUCACGGCAGGACGGCGGCCGACGUGGCCCGGAUACACGGCCACACACAGCUGGCCGAACGGCUCGACGGCGACUGAGGACGGCAUGGGACGCUGGGCGCCGAGGAGGGUCGUGCUCAACGAGGUCUGCACAGGGAGUGCUGUAAGUACGCCGGCCUACGUGAACUCCGGCGGACAACAAUAGGCCUUUGCGUGACUCAAGUUGAAGUGUAUGAAUUACAAUGUCGUGUGCCAAACGUGAAUGAGGUCGGUCGGCGACUUCAUGCGACGAGGAUGUUCGUUUCGUACUAUUAGACCUUUUAGUGGCGAAAGGUGGAGUGCUCCGGAAAGGAGGAGGCACGUCCUAUGGAACCCAGUGCUUCGCUUUGUGUCUGUGAUAGCGGGACGUUUUAAUUCCUGCCCGUGAUAACAGGAAAGAGCUCCCGUCCUCCGUACAUACUCGUACCGAUCGUGAGUGCCGCAUCUUCCCAUGUUACGCGCCAAUAAAACCUCACUAAACGUCCGUAAAGUGCCGAAUCUCGGCGGUUUUCAUCACUCCCCGCGAUGAAACAUUCUGCGCAUGACGAGUGGCAAGAAUACACGGGUUUAUAUUGCA